GGACUUUCACAAGGAGCACUUGAACGCAACUCUAGACAACGGUGUUCUCCUGUGGUGCGCAUGCGCAGUGAUCCAACCAGGAAGCAUCGCAGAGCCGACUCUCUAUUGACGGAUUAUGAUGAGGACGUAUCGGUGAAGGAAGCUGCUCUACAAUCACAUUUAUUCGGCGUUUAUAUUCUCGUGGAAAGAAAGAAGGGAGUCUCUUGAAAAAUGGAAGGCUGACAGCUUAAAUGAGAGUCAUUUUAUGUACAUUUAACUGUAUAUAUUAUAAAAGCUGAGCAACAAUGAUGUCAGAAUGCGACCCGACAGAGACAGAGACGGAGACGGAGACGGAGAGCAGCGAGCCCGGGCUGCUCGCCGGAGCAACAGCGGUGCCUGCUGCUCCAGAGAGUAACUUCCACUCCUCGGACCCUCCCACGGUGUUAUUUGACAGGAACGGGGUCGGUUUGGGACUUGUGGCGACCCCCGGAGCCGCCGUCCGGAUCUCGGACUCCUGUGAGAGCGUUUUGACCGAGCUGGAGACGGACGGCUCCGGAGAAGAGGCGCUGCUGUUACCGUGCCUAGCCGGAAGCUCGUCGUCUCCGCGGGGUGGCAGAGAGAAGCGCAGCAGGCGGAACAGACACAGCUCGUCGUCCGAUAAAGACAACCUGAACUCACCAGGUACCGGCAGUGGAGACUUCAACCAUUUCCCUGACGAUCCUGAGUUUGCAGAUAUUAUCCAAAGGGCGGAACAAGCUAUCGAGAACGGCGUCUUUCCAGAGAGGAUUUCCCAGGGUUCCAGUGGGAGCUACUUUGUCACAGACCCAAAAGGGAAAGUCAUUGGUGUUUUCAAACCAAAGUCAGAGGAACCUUACGGUCACCUGAACCCCAAAUGGACCAAAUAUUUUCACAAGCUGUGCUGUCCGUGUUGUUUCGGCCGAGGCUGCUUGCUACCUAACCAGGGUUACCUCUCAGAGGCUGCUGCUUCACUGGUUGAUACCAAACUCGGCCUGGGAGUGGUGCCGAAAACCAAGGUGGUGUAUCUGGCCAGUGAUACAUUCCACUACAGCGCCAUCGACAGAGCCAAAUCCAGGGGGAAGAAGUACGCCUUAGAGAAAGUCCCCAAGGUGGGACGACGCUUCCACAGAGUGGGCCUGCCACCUAAGGUGGGCUCAUUUCAGCUGUUUGUGGAGGGUUACCGUGAAGCGGACUACUGGCUGCGGCGCUUUGAGGCAGAACCUCUGCCAGAGAACAUCAGGAAGCAGCUGCAGUCCCAGUUUGAGCGGCUGGUAGUGUUGGACUACGUUAUCAGGAACACCGAUCGAGGAAAUGACAACUGGUUGAUCAAGUAUGAGAAACCAGGACAGGAGGAGGGACAAAAGGAAGCAGAGUGGCCAGGGAACAGCUCCGACUCCCGCAUCAAGAUCGCAGCGAUCGACAACGGCCUGGCCUUCCCCUUUAAACACCCGGACGAAUGGAGAGCCUACCCGUUCCACUGGGCCUGGCUCCCCCAGGCUAAGGUCGCCUUCUCCCAGGAGACCAGAGAACUGGUGCUGUCCCGCCUCUCUGACAUGAACUUCGUCCAGGACCUCUGUGAGGACCUCUAUGAGAUGUUCAAGACGGAUAAGGGCUUUGACAAAACCAUGUUCGAGAGACAGAUGUCUGUUAUGAGGGGACAGGUGUUGAACCUGACCCAGGCGCUUAAGGACGGAAGGAGCCCCAUCCAGCUAGUGCAGAUGCCCCGGGUGGUAGUGGAGCGCAGCCGCUCAGGCGGCCAGGGACGCGUGGUCACACUCGGCAACGCCUUCACACAAACCUUCCACUGCAAGCGCCCCUUUUUCUCCUCUUGGUAGUCGGAGAUGGGUGAGUAGGACAGCCGAGGGGACUUUACUGCAACUGCGCUUUUUUUUUUUUUCCUCCUGAAGUCAGGAAGCGAUGGAGAAGACGUGAAUAUCGCACUGGAGACAGCUCAUAUUUCUUAAGCAAGAAAUGAAGAGGAAGACACGGAUGGUAAGAUGAAGAGACUUGGCUUAGGCCCAUUCCUCAUUUUGUGAAGAGAGCGCAGAGAAGCAUGGGGAGCUGGAGAGAUUGGCAUACCGGUGUCUACUAGAGACCUUGGGGCUGUUUGUGGUUACCAUGGUGACUUGAUUGGAUAAUCGGCUUUGCCACAGAGGUGGGCUUUGUUUAUUGUUAGGAGGCAGAAAGGAUUUUUUUUUUUUUUAACCCACCCAAAGUACCUACUGAAGUCUAUUGCAAGGUCUCUUAGUGGUGCUAAUGGCCAAAGAAGGAGUACUUAAGAAUCUGUGGUCCAGUAUGUUUGGGAAUCUAAAGGACUGGUUUCACAGAUCUCUCCAGAAAGCGAUUUUAUUUUAUUUUUUUCAAAUCUGGGACAGCUUUGUUCCUGGUCUGGGAUAAAGUCCCACACUAUUUGCUUUGCCUUGUAGGAUUACUUAUUAAAAUAUAGAUGUGCACUUGCACCGCUGGAAGUGUUUGACUUCCACAGAACUGGGUCAAACCGCUUUUGUUAGUUUUACAAAACACAAACCCAGUGUCUUCAACUCUCACUACUGCCAAAAUCUGUUUGUUUGUGGAAGGAAUAUUUAAAAGCCUCAAGAAAAAUGAAUAUUGUUGAAACUUGAAUAUGAAAUUUGGGGAAGGAGGACUAGUAAUAAACACGUUGCUUGAAUGUAAUCUGUUUACAGUUUCUACACAGAUUCUUGCUCCUAAAACAUUUCAAUACGAGUGAAUGCUGUAACAAUGAAUGUAUUUGUUGUUUGACACUUAUUUAAUUGCUGGCAAGCAGCUUUCUCUUGAACCUCGUGCCCUUUCUGAUACAUUAUAUGAAGAGGAAAAAACAAAACGGAGGACAAUAUUUCACACCUGCUCGAUGCCGUUGUGUUUUCUUAUGUAUGCAUCUUGAGAUUUCUAUUCCAACUCAAUGAUUGUACGAGAAAAGUUGUAUAUUUAACAGAUGAAAAAUAAAAUUUGGGAAAUUUCAA